UGAUGAUGAAGAGGAGAAAGCAACAACGCGAUGAGCUGUUUAUCGGGCUCCAAUGCUUGCUUUUACGCCGGCGUCGCCGCCUUCACCACUCCCUUCCGCUUUUCUCCGCCUUAUCCGCUUCCAUUCUCUUCCUUUUUGCUCUUAUCUCUUUUGUUUCUCCUCCCACCGCCACCAACCGCCGCCGCCUCACCCAGCACCAUGCCAACCUCGCCUCGGGAUUGUUCAAUAACGGAACGGAGGAGUUUGAGAUGAAUGUGGAAAAAGAGACCGACUUUCCAAUUCCGACCAACGGGGGGAGCUUAAGUCCACACCUUUGGAGGUGUAAGCACUCCAAAUUCUAUUACGGCUGCAGUAAUUCCAGCAUUAACUUUCCAACCGCUGGGUUUAAUACACUUCCAAAUCGUUAUUUGUUGAUUGCCACCAGUGGAGGCUUGAAUCAACAGAGAACAGGGAUUAUAGAUGGUGUUGUAGCUGCCCAUAUUUUAAAUGCAGCCUUUGUUGUCCCAAAACUGGACCACAAGUCUUUCUGGAAAGAUUCCAGCAACUUCUCUGAAAUCUUUGAUGUUGAUUGGUUUAUAUCUUCUCUCUCAAAUGAUGUUAAAGUCGUUAAGGAGCUCCCAAUGAAUGGAGGAAAAACCAUCACCCCAUAUUCAACUAGUGUUCCAAGGAAGUGCAACGAAAUGUGUUAUCAAACUCGUAUCUUGCCUCUUCUCGUCAAAAAACAUGCUGUUCGGUUGAGAAAGUUUGAUUAUAGGCUUUCAAAUCAACUGGAGACAGAUUUGCAGAAACUAAGAUGCAGAGUUAACUAUCAUGCACUGAAAUUCACUGAUCCUAUUCUUGAAAUGGGCAGAAAAUUGGUUGAGAGGAUGAGAAAUAAAAGCAAGCACUUUGUUGCCCUGCAUUUGAGAUUUGAACCUGAUAUGCUAGCAUUCUCGGGAUGCUACUAUGGUGGAGGAGACAAGGAAAGAAAUGACCUAGGGGCUAUACGGAAGAGGUGGAAGAGUUUACAUGCAAGUAAUCCAGACAAAGAAAGGAGGCAUGGAAAAUGCCCACUCACUCCCGAGGAAGUUGGUCUUAUGCUGAGAGCUCUAGGUUUUGGUAAUGAUGUUCAUAUUUAUGUAGCUUCAGGUGAGAUAUAUGGAGGCGAGGAGACGUUGGCCCCCCUCAAGGCUCUAUUCCCGAAUUUUUACUCCAAAGAGACAAUUGCAAGCAAGGAGGAGCUGGAGCCAUUUUUGCCAUUUUCAGCUCGAAUGGCUGCACUAGAUUUUAUUGUUUGUGAUGAGAGUGACGUUUUCGUCACCAAUAACAAUGGCAACAUGGCAAGAAUGCUUGCAGGAAGAAGGAGAUACUUGGGUCACAGACCAACAAUCCGUCCAAAUUCUAAAAAGCUUUACAGGGUGUUCCAGAAUCGAAAUAACAUGACAUGGGAAGCAUUUGCCUCGCAAGUUCGAACUAAUCAAAUCGGUUUCAUGGGAGAGCCAAUGGAGGUUAAGGCGGGUAGGGGUGAGUUCCAUGAAAACCCAUCAUCCUGCAUAUGCCAAACAUCUGAUUCCAAGGCUCAAGAAGAAGAUGUAAGUUAUGUUAGUGAUGACAAGAAUACUACUAACACCAGAGAAUCAUCAGGGAAAUUGAGAAAUGAGGAAGAUGAGCAGGGUUUAUCUGAUGGUGAUUAUUUGGAGAGUGUGGCUAGAAUUGUUGGGCAGAGAGAAUUGCCUAAAGCAGUGGAAACAGAUUCUGUUCAUCCCUUUAAACCUGAUCCGCUAGAACUGGAAGAUGAUGUGUUCUCGGAUUGAGUAGCUACUAGCUAGGGAUUGUGAAUUAAAAGGAAAAAAGAAAAAAAAAAAAAAAUUAAGGUGACUUAGCUAAUUAAGUGAUUUUUUCCAACAUGAUUGCUUGAAUUGGUGCUAAUUGUACAUAAACAUAGAUGGGUAGUUGUAGCAAGCUCCAGGGUCGUAUGGAGUUCUGAUGAUGCAAAUUGCAACAUAUAUAUAAGUAUCUUUUUUUUUUCUUUAUU